AUGCCCUCAUCACCCUCUCGCCUGAAUCCCUACACACGACCCCUUCUGCGACUGGCAGUCGUCGCUCUCACACUCAGUCCGACACUAGCGAAUCCGCUCAUUCCAAAGGAAAUCGGCAUUGGUGGUUUGACCUUCAAUUCUCUGUUUGGCAGAGGCAAUUGUGAGAACCCUUGUGGUUGGUCUGGUCAAUUAUGCUGCACUGGGGGAGAGUCUUGCUAUACCGACUCGAGUAAUCAAGCACAAUGUGCAUCCACAACGGCGGCCGCUGCGGCCAGUGAGACGACUGGCUACUGGAAAUACUGGACUAGCACAUGGGUCGAGACACAAACAGAGACCGACCUUAUCACUAAAUACAGCACUGGAAGUUCCUGGUGCGGCGAAGCAUCGACUACUGCCGCUGCAGGUGGAGGCGGUGGUGUAGCUACUUCCGUUUGGGUAGCUCCCUCCACCGCUGCUGCAUCGCCAACUGCUUCAAUCAGCUGCAACUGGGACAAGGGCGAGUCUUCUUGUGGAAGCAUAUGCUGUGCAAGCGACCAGUACUGCCUAACAUCCGGACAAUGUGCAGCUGCCGCAGGAGCAAGCACAACAUCCAAACUCAGCUCAGGCAGCUCAACCGGUAUUUCUCCCGCAAUCCUACCAACAAGUAGCACCUUGGUAAUCGUUACAGCAACCUCUUCCCCCACCACCACUGUCCCCUUUGUCGCUCCUGUCGCUACUGGCGCAAACAUCACCCUCACUGGAGCAGAAUCAAGCAACUCUCACGGUCUCUCUGGCGGUGCCAUUGCUGGUAUUGUCAUCGGUGUCAUCGCGGGUCUGAUUUUGCUUUCCCUUCUCUGCCUCUUCUGCUGCGCAAGAACAAUCUGGCUUGCCAUCUUUGGUGGCCGCAAGAGAAGACGUACUGAGCGCACUGAGGUCAUCGAGUCCCACCACCACAGGUCCUAUAGCGGUGCUGGAGGAGCAUACGCCGCCAGCCGUCCUGACGACAGAAGAUGGUAUGGUUCAGAAGCACCUCGUCGAGAAAAGGAACGCAGCAAGUUCACCGAGCUGCUGGGCAUUGGUGCUGGUCUGGCCGCACUUGCAGGCAUCCUGGGCUUGAAGAGGAGACAUGAUCGUCGUAGAGAUGAGAAGAGCGAGUAUAGCAGUGCUUAUACGGACGCUUCGUAUAGCGAUUACUACACAAGUGAGAGCAGUGCUAGCUCAGAUGACAGACGGACAAGACACACGAGGCGCUCGUCACGUCACAGAUGA